AUGGGAUGUUAAUUCAAGAUAGUAAAAAUCCAAAUUCAAUUGUCGAUCUGUAACUGUCACUUAAAUCUGUCUCUCCCUGACGGCGCUACAUUAGCAUCUAGUGAUGGAGACAUCCUUAUCCACUUAUGGGAUGUUGAGACAGGUUAAUACAAAGCCAAAUUAGAGGGACAUUCAUCAGCUAUUUAUUCAAUCAAUUUCUCUCCUGAUGGUACUACAUUAGCAUCUGGUAGUGAAGAUAUUUCUAUCCGUUUAUGGGAUGUUAAGACAGGAUAAUAAAAAGCUAAAUUAGAUGGUCAUAUAGAUCAAGUAUUAUCAGUUUGUUUCUCUCCUGAUGGUAUUAUAUUAGCAUCUGGUAGUGGAGAUAAAUCUAUUCGUUUAUGGGAUGUUAGGAUAGGAUAAUAAAAGGCCAAAUAAGAUGGUCAUUCAGAUUAUGUUAUGUCAGUCAAUUUCUCUCCUGAUGGUACUACAUUAGCAUCUGGUAGUGGGGAUAAGUCUAUCCGUUUAUGGGAUGUUAAUACAGGGUAAUAAAAAGCUAAAUUAGAUGCUAAUUAUGAAAUUGAAUAUGCUUGUUUCUCCCCUAAUGGUACUAUAUUAGCAGCUAGUUGUUAUCAAUCUAUUCAAUUAUGGGAUAUUAAAACAGGUUAAUAAAAAGCUAAAUUAGAUGGUCAUUUAAAUUAUGUUUUUAAAAUCUGUUUCUCUCCUGAUGGUACUACAUUAGCCUCUUGUAGUUCAGAUAAGUCUAUCCGUUUAUGGGAUGUUAAGGCAGGAUAAUAAAAAGCAGUAUUCGAUGAUCAUUCGGAUAUGGGAUACACAAUUUGUUUCUCUCCAGAUGGCUCUACAUUAGCAUCUAGUAUUUAUAACUCUAUCCAUUUGUGGGAUGCUAAGACAGGAUAAUAAUAAACUUAAUUAGAUGGUCAUACAUAUUAUGUUCGAAUAACCUGUUUCUCUCCUGAUGGUACUACUUUAGCAUCUGGUAGUGGUGAUAAAUCUAUCCGAUUUUGGAAUGUUAAGACAGGAUAAUAAAAAGCCAAAUUAGAGGGCCAUUCUAAUGAAAUUCUAUCAGUCAAUUUCUCUCCUGAUGGUACUACAUUAGCAUCUGGUAGUUCAGACUGUUCUAUUCGUUUAUGGGAUGUUAAGACAGGAUAAUAGAAAGCCUAAUUGGAUGGCCAUUUCUAAAGGGUUAGAUCAGUUUGUUUCUCUCCUGAUGGGGAUAUUUUAGCAUCUGGUAGUGAGGAUAAUACUAUACGUUUUUGGGAUAUCAAAUCAAAACAACAUUUCUUAUCUGAAGAAUAGAGUCAUGAGAAAAACUUUGAAAAAUUUAAACUCUCAAAAUUUCGAUCCUAAAUUCUUCUAAAUCAUAGUAUAUAUUGUUCACUAAUUAGCUACCUCCAACAUUACCGUUCUUUUAAUAUCCAACCAGUUUCAUUUUCAAUCAAAAGGUGCCCUAAUCUAUUAAGGAGAAUUUGUUCAUGA